ACAGUUUUCUUCGCUCCUACUUCGAUUCUGUGACCCCAAAGGGCGUCCUUCUCCGUCCUUCCGUGCAUAGAGCCGGCGGAAAACAGCGGCUGUAUGUCCCCCUCAGCCCAAGAUUACAGCUUCUCCACUAAUCGAGCGACGGAACACUGGCAUCGGGGCAGGUCAGAUUUAGCAGACCACUGGACAGAGUUUGAAUUGGUCCAAUUGGACCUGUUUAGGCUUACACAACACAAAGAAAUAUCGUGGGUAGAAGCAGCUAGGCCAGCAACACCCCAUCAACAAGUAGAAGGCACCAAGGCAGCAAUGGAGUAAAACUUAAGAGUAAACUUAUUCAUCCAAAAAUGUUCUAUUGCCAAUUUGAAAGCAUUUAUUCCCAAUCUUCUAUCAUGAGUUUGAUACUUUACACUAUUACAUGGGGGCAGUUCGCAGGACUAUAACAUUUAGUAUUAUGUAUAUAAUCACAAUAUAAUACACAAUAUCCU